AUGAAACGCGAUUCUAACGAUAAAAAUCAUCUUGGCUUAAAAGUUGAAGGUGAUUUGGGCGACUUACAAAUUAUCAAGGAAGUUAGUGACGAUGAUUGCGAGUCGUGUGAUGAAGAAAAAUUUUCAAGGGCAGUUAGUAACUUACCUAAUCCUGCCGUGGAUUCCAUAGUAAAGCCUUCAACUGUAUCAGUAUUUGGUACUGUUGAAGUAACGAACUCUGAAAAUGUCCAGUUUGGAAACAACACUUAUUUUUAUGGCCCUGUCACAGUCAUCCAAGCUAAAACUGGAACAGAGAAUGCUUCCUAUACUAAGACAGAGGAAGAAAAUGUGCCAAGUAAUCAAUUUCAGCCAUCAACUAAAUUUGAUGCUCCAAUAAAAAAACAAGAAAUGUUAACAUGGCACAAGUGGAGCUUCUUUGCACUUGGUGUUGCUGUGAUCGGAGGUAUUUGUGCACUCAUAAUAGUAUUGAGAACUAAGACUGAAGAGAGUUAUAGUUCAUCACCUGCGUCAAGUUCGACAAAAAUCUUGAACACAACAGUGGUGAGGUUGCAUUGUAACAGUUACACAGUCUUCAUCAUAACUAGCAUUUUGUUACCAAUAAUACUAUUGUUAAUGUUUUUCUAUUCAUUACUAACAAAGGUGGUUACUAAUGUUGAAAGCAUUGAGCAUAAUACAAAAAGAAUUAGAACAAAUGAGACCAUUGAAGCACAUGAUAUGUGCACGUAUGAUACUGCUAAAGCGGACCCACUGCUGAUAGCGCCGGACCAUCUUAGGAUAGUUUCCCGCACGGAUUGGCUCGCUCAACCAGUCGAAGCCGUACUGGAUAAGAUUGUGCAACCCGUACCUUGGGUGAUCAUAACCCACACUGCCACUGAAAGCUGUAGCACUCAGAGUCAGUGUGUUCUACGAGUGCGCCUGAUACAAACAUACCACAUAGAAUCUAGGGGGUGGUACGAUAUUGGGUACAAUUUUCUGGUCGGUGGCGACGGUUCCGUUUACUACGGCCGCGGCUGGGAUUAUAUUGGGGCUCAUACCAAAGGCUACAACAAGUACAGCAUAGCAAUAGCGUUUAUUGGAACCUUUAAUAAUGAAGAACCACCGAAACAGCAAGUUGAUGCUUGUAAAAAAAUAAUUGAACAAGGCGUUACAUUAGGCAAGCUUAAGAAAGACUAUAAACUAUUCGCCCAUAGACAUCUCAUGUCUACUUUGAGUCCAGGCGACAAAUUAUUCAAUAUAAUAAAGGAUUGGCCGCACUUCGUCAAAAAUAUUACGAAUGUUGAUGACCUCAUUCCAAAAGGCUAUUGA